CCUCGCGCCUCUCCUCCUCCGCCUCGCUCCGGGUCGCUGCGACGGCGCCUCCCCGUAGAGGCUGGCGUCGAGUAUCGUCCCCUUCGGGGUCCCGAAGCGCUGCCCGGUCCAUCGAGAUUCGCGGCGCCGCGGCGCUCAUCCUCGAAGCUCCAUGCGCUACUGGCAGACCUCCGCGAACACGCGGAGGGCCCCUCUGGAGAUCAAGAGAAGCCCAGGAAACAGUGCCGACGAUCCUCGCGAGGACGUCGGCUUCUCCACCCUCUGACCUAGGAUGGCCAUGAUGCCGCCGACCGCCAACCACAUCUUGUCCUGACUGGGGGCGAGCAGCGUGCCCUGGAACUCGCCCGAUCAUGCGAGCGUUGUCUGCGCGCGCGUCCGUUUGAACCUGGAAGCCUGCCGCCAGCACAGGCUCUGUCGAUCCCAACCGAACCUCUCGUAUGGUUAGCGGCGGUGGUAGUCCAGGCACGGCCGCGAAGUCGACUCCCAAGAUGCCCACAUCUCCGAUGUACUGGUAGUGGACAGCGGGGCGAUCUCGUGUCAGUAGUGGUAGCCCUCCUCCUUCUACGAAUUGCUGCUCUAAUCGAAGCGUCGUGAUCCCGACAUCGGGGCCAGCGUUGAGUAGGUCCUCAAUCGUGGCCUGGACGAUCCAUCGGGUGGUGGUAGACGUGCCUCUGGCCCAAGGUGCCCCCAGGAUUUCCAAGGAGGCCCUCACGGCCUCCAGAGCACCCCCCACGAGGCCCGGAGGGCCCCAGGGGAUCCCAAAUUGAACGAAAAAGCUGGGGGCACCUAGGGCCAUGGGCACCUUUUCCACUCCCCGCAUCCAGCAGGCCCACGAACAAGAACCAUCAUUUUUUUCAAUGUUUUUAUAUAUAUAUAUAUAUAUAUAUAUUAGUUCUCACGCCCACGAGCCCCCCCCGCCCCAGCAGCUUGCCCUCGUCCAACAGGACGGCUUGCAACUCCUCCGCUGGGACUCCAAGCAACACGAGGCACGGCUGGACCUACGGUCAGCGUCCUACCAGAAAACACGCCAUAAACAUACACUUUUGGCGGUCCGCGCGGACUUCUUGACAUUUAUGCCUAUGCCGUGUUUUUUCUACAUCGCAAGGGACGCCAAGUAAGGAACGAAGGGGCCUUUUGGCCACGGCGAGCCUCGGCUUCGAGUGGGUUCCCCGACCCGGAUCUGAGCAGCGGCCCGGGAGCAGCAGC